AUGAAGCUGCACGUCAUAUUGAUUAAACAAUUUAUUUCUGUAGCAACCCCCACGUAUUGACAAAACUUCUCAUAAUGACGGAACAUGAACAUUGUAAAAUAUUUCGCCCCGACCCAGUGCCCACCUAUGCCUCAAUAUGUGCAGCCAUGUCUUCCACCUCCCUCGCCACCCCUUCAUGCCCCAGCACCGUCUCCCCAGACCGCUCAUCCCUCAAAGUAAACUGCGACAAAAACUCGAAAAAAGUGCACUUUGAGCGGACAAGAGAGCCGAAAUCGCGCCGAAUCACCCAAAAGAAGGAGCCUCUGAAACUGCCAAGGAUCAAGAAACGGUAUUUCACUGCAGGAACUGGGAUAAAUGACCGGAAUCAGCGGGAUUUGCUCAAUGAGCCGUCCCCGUUCGUCUACCCGAAGGACCACGAGGAGUUCGCCCACAAAGUCAUGACCAAGGAGUGGAGGUCCGACUUGAGGCGCAAGGAAAUGGGUUACAAGUACAACGAACGGCACAAUUACAAGUCGAGGCAACAAGGCGAUAUGCUGAACCGCUUGUACGUUAAAGAGCCUGAAAUUAGGAGCGCGAAGAUGGUGCAAGACGUGGAUCCUGAAUUUUUCACGAUUGUGCAAGGGAGACCGAUCCCUGAAAAACUGAAAUUGAGUCGUUACAUACAGACGGUGCGAGAUGUGCUGAAGACUAAAAUCCUGACUGGGUACAGAGGUGACGAUAUUAUGCUGAUUGAUGAGAGCUUGAUCCUGGAGCAGAAGGAAAUUGACCGGAUUAAAGACAAUUAUCAGACUUAUGUCAACACCUUCGAGGAGUUCCUGUACAAUGAUCACACCUCCUCGAUGAACUUGCUGAAAGAGUCAGAUCGGGAAGCAAUGUUAGCCCAGGAAAAAUACGAGGAAUAUCGCCAGUUAUCUCGAGAGUAUGGCGCUUUGAAGUCAGUUCUGUACAGCACUGAGGAAAAGUGGCGUAACUGUAAGUUGUACCAGAGGUUUCUCUACCUGGUCAGCCCCAUAUCCUGGAGGAAGGAGCAUGAUUACUACUACAUGCAAGAGGGAGAUCUUGCUGCGUUUCAGGAAGUGUCGUCCAUUUUCGGUAAAUACCGCCUGAAUGUGACUGACGAAACUGCCUCGUUGGAAGAUUUAAUCAACCAGUUUCGGGAAGACUGCGCGAGUCAGAAAGAGCCAGCGCUGUAUUUUACUGACCCGAAUCAACUACUCGACGUUUUCAGAUUUAUGGAACUUCAAAACUUGAACUCCCUCCUGCAUUCCGAGGAGUUGGCCGUUCCUUUGGAAAAUGUGCAAGAGGGAAUGGCUCGGGCGGAGGAAUUAUUCAAUGCUGAGAUCAACUCGCUGCAGGAACUUAUCGAGAAAUUAGCGAGUGGGAUUUCGUGGGAGGAGGAACGUGCCAAGUACUUGGAGGAAUUAGCUUUGGAACUAAUCAAUGGGGAAUUCAAGAAAUUGGUAAUCGCUGAGGAAGUUCUGAAUCUGCACGUGUUCGUCGAAGACGUUUAUGAAACUCGGAUCGGUCCGAACGAUGCCAAUUUGAGCAUGAGCGAGAUGAUGAAAAUGAUUGAAUCGAAAUUUCGCGAGGAGCUUAUCAGUCUCGAUCAAAUGCCUUCCGAGCAAGUGGCGCAACUGGAAGUUAGCUGCUAUAGGGAAGAGGCGAAAAUGAUGAAAGCAGCGCAACAAGCCGCAAGGCAGUUACUUGAAUUUGAAAUGCUCUUCCUGAAGUUGCAGAAGGUGUUUUCGCCGCCGCAUAAGAGGACCACUAGAGAGCUGAAAUGGAGAUCUCCUCCUGUGAAUCCACCAAAGCCGGUGCCGCCCCCUCCGAGACUGCUCACCGAAGAGGAGAAAGAGUUUCUUGAAUUUUUCACCGAAUAUUGCAGAUAUACCGAUGAUCUGGCGGAUUAUGGGAUUGAUAUCUCGCAUCCGCAAGAACCAGAGGCUGAAAAGACCUCGGCGAAUAAAGAACGUUCACGACUGUUAUUACAGGAAUAAAAAUCUAUAAGCCUG